CCCUCCCCCUGCUGGGUACCAGUCGGCGCUCCCCGGCCCUGGCGGCGGAAGAGAUGGAGCAGCGUCACGAGCGCCCGGCCCCUUAAAACGCUGCUGGCUGGAGCCGCCUCCCUCCCUGCAGCCCGCGGCGGGGAUGGAGUAAAGGGGGGACCCGCCGACCUGCCCGCGGGGAUCAGCGAUGGAGUUAAAGCAAUCUCUGUCCACCCACCUGGAAACCGAGAAGCCUCUGAGGCGCUAUGGGGCGGUGGAGGAGACGGCGUGGACGGCCGAGGGACUGGGGCGAAAUCAGCUGGACAUCAUCUCCAUGGCAGAGACAACCAUGAUGCCUGAGGAGAUCGAGCUGGAGAUGGCGAAAAUUCAGCGCCUCCGAGAAGUGUUGGUCCGACGGGAGUCUGAGCUCAGGUUUAUGAUGGAUGACAUCCAGCUCUGCAACGACAUUAUGGACCUGAAGCAGGAGCUACAGAACUUGGUGGCCAUCCCAGAAAAAGAAAAGACGAAGCCACAGAAGCAGAGAGAGGAUGAGCUAAUCCAGAAGAUCCACAAGCUGGUGCAGAAGAGAGACUUUCUGGUGGAUGACGCGGAGGUCGAGCGGCUAAGGGAGCAAGAAGAAGACAAGGAAAUGGCGGAUUUCCUGAGAAUCAAGUUAAAACCUCUAGAUAAAGUAACCAAAUCUCCAGCCAGCUCCCGAGCAGAGAAGAAAGCAGAGCCCCCACCUAGCAAGCCCACAGUGGCCAAGACCGGCCUGGCACUCAUCAAGGAUUGCUGUGGGGCCACCCAGUGCAAUAUCAUGUAGCCCCCCAUGUGGGGUGCCCCCGGGGCCACGGGGACCCCCCCACCCUCCUGUCUUCAUAGCCCCCAUUUCACCGGGGCCUGAGAGCUCUCCAAGGCGGAAGGGGUUGAAGGCCAGCCUGUGACUGCCGCCAGGGGCCGUGGGCGUGGCGGGCGGGCCCGACCGCCCUGUACAGAGUGUAGCAAUAGGGAGUCCCUCACCGUCGCAUGGCCCCCCACCCCCCCAGAGCAUGCCAAACCCAGGAGUCUGUCUCACUGUUUAUCCAACCACCAGGAAAGAUCCUUCCUUGAAAAAGUAUGUCUCCACUUCUAUCUAUCUAUAUCUAACCCACCGUGCGAAUGAUCUGGACGAGGGGCACGAUCCCCAGGUGUGUAUAGUCAUGACUUUUCAACAAUCCAGCACCACGUCGGACACAUGCCUCAUCCACCCUCGUAGCUCUGCUAUCCGGCCAGCCCCAGAUGGGCACAGCUCCCGCCCCCCUGUCUGUCCCCUCCCAGGGGCUGUGUUCUGGAGGCCUUCACUCAGCCCAAGCACCAUGGAGACUCGAGGGCCCAUCUGUAAAGGCUGAGCUCAUGUGUGGUGUCGUGGUUACAUCUCCUGCUUCCUCCCCUCCUGUGUCUGGGCACGGUUCACAUCGAGAGUGUGUCCGUUUGCUCUUGGCCCUUCCUUCCCUUGCAAUGUGUGCCCCAGGUGUGUGGAGCACAGUGGGGAUGAUGGCCUGGGCUGGAGACCAACCAGCGCUCGGAAGAGGUAGCGGAAAGCUAGAGGCUCCAACACCGGGCAAGGGCAGGCUGAGAAGGGGCCCCAGAGCAGAUGCUGCCUUGGGUGCCCUCCACCCACUGGGGGGCCACUGGAGGGAGUGCCAACAGGACACACUCACCAGCCUAACACACAGACCUCCGUAAACAUCAGCGGCGGCGGGCGGGAGAGGUGGCCUGACCCAACCGUGUCCCAUCAGUCGGUGGUGUGUUUCAACCAGCUUAAUAAUUCCACCUGUGUAACUUGAUGUACAUUUGCUACAGCCAGCUCGGCGCAGCCCGUGUGACCUCUCUGUACGUGUGCGUGUCGUGACCGGCCUAACAUAGCCUAACUCAAGAUUCGCUGAUGUGCAAUCAUCCAUCGGAGAAAAUAAAAGUGGAAACCACGUACACAGCA